CCCCGCUCCCUGCGGCGGGCGGCGGCCAUGAGGCUGCGGGCGCGCGGUCCCCGGGCCGCCCCCGCCUCCAGCGCCGCCUCCAGCGUGGGGGCCGGCGACGCGCCGCGGCUGGCGCCCCCGGGGCGGAACCCCUUCGUACACGAGCUGCGCCUCAGCGCCCUGCGGAAGGCCCAGAUCAUCUUCAUGACGCUGACGCUCUUCCCCAUCCGGCUGCUACUCAUCGUUACCAUGAUGCUGCUCGCCUGGCCCUUCACGUUCUUCGCUACGCUGGGGUCCUCAGACAGGGAACCCGAACAGCCCCCAGCCACGUGGCGGAAGGUUGUGGACUUCCUGCUCAAGGCCAUCAUGCGCACCAUGUGGUUUUCCGGCGGCUUCCACUGGGUGAUCACGAAGGGGCAGCAGGCCCCUCCGUCUGAGGCCACCAUCCUCACCCUGGCUCCACACUCUUCCUACUUCGAUGCCAUCGCUGUCACCCUGACGAUGUCCUCCAUCGUGAUGAAGGCAGAGAGCAGAGAUAUCCCAAUAUGGGGAACUCUGAUAAAGUACAUCCGGCCAGUGUUCGUGUCCCGGUCCGACCAGGAUUCCCGAAGGAAGACUGUGGAGGAGAUCAGGAGGCGGGCACAGUCGAAUGGAAAGUGGCCACAGAUAAUGAUUUUUCCAGAAGGAACAUGUACCAACAGGACCUGCCUAAUUACCUUCAAGCCUGGUGCCUUUAUCCCUGGAGUUCCUGUGCAGCCUGUGGUUCUACGGUACCCGAAUAAACUGGACACCAUCACUUGGACCUGGCAAGGCCCCGGAGCGUUGAAAAUCCUGUGGCUCACACUGUGUCAGUUUCACAAUCGAGUGGAAAUCGAGUUCCUCCCCGUGUACAGCCCUUCAGAGGAAGAGAAGAAGGACCCCGCGUUGUACGCCAGCAACGUGCGGCGCGUCAUGGCCGAGGCCCUGGGCAUCUCCGUAACCGACUACACAUUUGAGGACUGCCAGCUGGCCCUGGCGGAAGGACAGCUCCGUCUCCCUGCAGACACUUGCCUUCUAGAAUUUGCCAGGCUGGUGCGGGGCCUGGGGUUAAAACCAGAAACACUUGAGAAGGAUCUGGAUAAAUAUUCCAAAAGCGCCAAGAGGCAGAGGGGAGGAAAGUUGAGUCUCCCUGAGUUUGCGGAGUACCUGGGCGUCCCUACCUCAGACACGCUGGAGGACAUGUUCUCCCUGUUUGAUGAGAGCGGAGACGGCAGGAUGGACCCUCGGGAGUACGUGGUCGCCCUGUCUGUCGUCUGCCGGCCAUCCCGGACUCUGGACACCAUCCAGCUCGCGUUCAAGAUGUACGGGUCACGGGACGGAGACAUUGAUGAGGACACCCUGUCCCGCAUCCUCAAGACUGCCUUAGGGGUGGCAGAGCUCAGCGUGACCAACCUUUUCCGGGCCAUCGACCAGGAGGGGACAGGGCGGAUCACAUUUGCUGACUUCUGCAGGUUUGCAGAAAUGUUCCCCAACUUUGCAGAGGAGUACCUGUACCCCAAACAGACCUAUCCGGACAGCAGUGCACAGACACCCCUCGCUCCAACCCCCAACGGCUUCUGUGCGGACUUCAGCCCUGAGAACUUGGACAUUGGAAGGAAACCUUUCCGUAAGAAACUGGACUAGGAGAGAAGGUUCUGGAGAGAGGAGGCCUCUCUGCGGCCCUGUCACCACCCGCCUCCGCCUGGCUGUGAGCCUGUUCGCGGUGGCGUGGCUCGGCCUCGCUCUCCCGCGUGUUGUGUGCGUGUACCGGCCGCGGGCCGAGUUCUGCGACACCCGGGAGACCUUCAGAAGGUCCGUCCUUCUGCCCCUGUCCCUUUGUGGAGCGCCCGUGUGAGGGCGGGGCCUCGCCAGCCGCGGGGCUGCGUGGGCCCCCGGGGGACGGUCCCGGGUUCACUUCCCGCAGUCUUUCCUCGCGUCCCUGUUGGAGUCCGUGCCCGGUGGCUUGCGCACGUGGACGGGACUCCACAUGCACACGCGACACGCGGGAGACCAAGACAUGUCACGUGUGUUUCGAUUCCAGCACAAGUUCUCUGCCAGCCUGUGUGGGGGUCACAGCAUGGCAGAGGCCUGUCUGACUUUUAAACAUUUCUAUAUUUGUGGGAACUCAUGAGUAUUUUAUAAACUUCAUUUAGAUACUUCA